AUGAGCGAGCUUCCUAGAGCUCAUGAGAGCGCCGUUACGAAAGAACGCCCAAAGUUUAUUCAGGCGGUCAAGCGAGUUCUAGGGUUCAUCUGGAGCAAUUGGCUAGUGUUGGGAUUUGGUCUUGCUUGUAUUUUGGGAUAUUUCUUUCCUCAUGUUGCGGCCCGUGGUGGUAUCAUUCGUUCAGAAUACUCUAUCCUAUAUGGGGGCAUUGCUUUGAUCUUUUUCAUCAACGGGAUGCAGCUUAGCCCAGCAAAACUCAAGGAGCAUGUAAUGAACUGGCGUCUGCACAUUGUAGUGCAAGGAAUAAAUCUUGUUCUCAUACCCGUUAUUCAACUUGUCAUAAUCCAUAUCAUAAUAGUUGCCGGAGGAGUGAGCUCGGGGACGAUUGAUGCUAGCAUUCUCGUUGGAAUGGUCGUAGUUAGCUGCAUCCCGACCACUAUCGCAUCUAAUGUAGUAAUGACGAGAAAUGCGGGCGGUGAUGAAGCCGCCGCUAUUAUCGAAGUGGUGAUUGGGAAUGUUGUCGGAUCCUUUCUCUCGCCCUGGCUAAUAUAUGGAUUUCUUCCUAGCGGAGGCGAGUUCGACUCACUCAAACCGGCGAAAGCAGAUACCUUAGGGCCAAUGUAUGCCAACGUCAUGAAGCAAUUAGGGCUCAGCGUUCUCCUUCCGCUCGUCGUCGGUCAGGGUCUAAGAUGGACGUUUCCGAAGCAGGUGUCUUGGACAUUGAGUACAUUUUACCUAGCACAAUUCUGCUCCGUGUUGCUUAUGCUAGUAGCUUGGUCGACUUUUUCAGGGGCGUUCCAGACAGGGGCACUCACUGCUUUACCCAAAUCGUCUAUAAUAUUCAAUGUUUUUAUAAACAUAGCAGAAUAUAUAUUGUUUACUGCUAUUUGCUACUGGGUAGCAUCGCCACCGGAGGUCCUUACUAAGGUAAUCAAUGGUUAUGUUGCUGACUCACGACUGGGCUCUCGUCUACCUGGGAUAAUUCGGAAGGUUGUGACGGUUAAAAAGAUGCCCAAAGAACUUGUUGUUGCUGUCUGCUUCUGCGGAGCUGCAAAGACUACGAGCGUAGGGAUCCCGUUAGCUGCUGCCAUGUGGUCUCAGCUCGACAAUUUUACCAUCUCGUCUAUCCAAGUCCCGGUACUCUUAUAUACGGUGGAACAGGUAUUUAUAGCACAAUUCUUCACCAUAUUCUUCAAGUGGUGGCUACAUCGAUCCGAUAAGGGUCUCCUAGAUGCUGAGUCCGCUACGACCCAGGAGGAAAAUCAAGCUGCCGAUGAGCUGGACGACAAUCUCCGGGAUGCGGGGAAUGGAAAUCGUGGCGUUCUAGAGAAAGCCGUUUCAUGA